AUGGCUUCCUUUGUGGAAGAUCUGUGGUUGAGCGUCUUCACCCCGGGCCCCACUCCGACACUGUUGAUCGCAACCAACGUCACCUUUGCAGCACUUCAACUUCUCUUCCUCGUCCUCCUCCUAGCUACCUAUAGCAUCCACUUCGUUGUCUUGUCCUUCUUAAGCGGUGGACUGUGGUACUCGAUCAACUGGUUUGCACACGAAGUAAGCGCUGUGCAGCGAGCACAGGAAGCCGAGAAGAAAGCACAAGCCGAGACUGAAACAACUGGCUCGGAGAGGAAGAAGGUUUCCCUGGAUAGUGCCGACAGUGAGACAGAGACAGAGUCGUUUUCUGGCCAGAAGGCAACCGCCGUCGCAACUGGCAGCGCUGUGCCGGCGAGACUCCAACCGACCGAAGAGGAUCCCAAGAAGCGUAUCAGCGCUGGAGGUGAUAGCUCGGGAUACGGCAGCACCGAUAGCGAGUGGGAGAAGGUGGAGGAAAACUAG